AUGGCUAAUAAAGAUAUUUGCGAAAACGCAUGUGCUGUUUUGGAUUCUUUACAUAGAUUGCCGAAAGGAAAAGAUGUUCUUUGUGAAAAAAUUGCUGGAGGCUUAACAAACACAAUGUACCUGAUAAAAAUCGAUAACGAGAGUAGAUACGUUUUUCGAGUGAAUGGCUUUGGAACAGAGAAGCUGGUGGACAGAAUUGAAGAGAAAAGGGUUUUGGAACAAGCGGCAUUGGCGAGAAUUUGCCCAAAAGUCAUCUACAUUGAUGAAAAAGUGAUGCUUCAAGAGUUUUGUCCGGGCCGAACACUUGGUCUUUCAUCUAUUGAUGAUCCAAAGAUUCAUGAAUUGAUUGCCAAGAAAUUAGCGACUUUUCACUUGUUGUCAGUCGAGAAUCCUGCCCGCUCUGAGCCAUGGUUCACCAAAACACUUAAAAGUUAUCUACUUGAGUUGAAUGAUCCAAAAAUGAGUGAUCUUGGUAAUGAGUUGUUGAGAAAAAUAGAAUCAAUGGAUUUUCAACUCACCUUGUGCCAUAAUGAUCUCCGACUUAACAACGUCAUUUACGAAGAUGAUAAGUUAGUCUUUAUUGAUUUUGAAUACGCUGCGAUGAACUUUCCUGAAUACGACAUUGCUCACUAUUUUUGGCAGCACGAGGGUGCUCAAACAGCUUCUGAUUUUCGAACGUUAACUUCAAAAGAUCGAAAGCUUUUUCUCAGCGAAUAUUUGCAAGCCUACUAUAAUGUUGAACCAUCGGAAAAGCUGAUCAACGAAAUACUGCAACGGAUUCGUAUUUUUGAGGCGGCCAACCAUUUUCUUUGGAGCGUCUGGUCACUGAUUCAACACCGAUUCGGUAGAAGUGAUGAUCAUUUCUGCUACAUCAAGAACUCUGAAGCACGAUUUGCUAAAUAUCGAGAGUGCCUAGAAAAGGCCACAAUU